AUGCUUGAAAAUGAUGCAGAAGAUAGAGAAAAACUGGGAGAGAUGAAUUCGGAAGCGGGUGGGAUUAGAAUCAAUGGCAGCAAAGUAUCGACGGUGUCGGCCAACCUGACGGAGUGCGAUAGCUUAGCAAAUGCUUUUGAAGGCUGUCGCGGUGUCUUCCAUACCUCUUCUUUCAUCGAUCCUACUGGCCUCACUGGCUAUUCGAAAGCCAUGGCUGAGGUGGAAAAGAAUGUGAGUGAGAAUGUUAUGGAGGCAUGUGCAAGGACAUCCUCUGUAAGAUACUGUGUUUUUACCUCUUCCUUUUGGCCUGCAUAUGGCGUGACGGUACACGAGCCGAUCCCGCCAGUCGUCGACCAUGAUUGUUGGAGCGAUCAAUCGUUAUGCAUCGAUAAAAAACUAUGGUAUGCUUUGGGGAAGCUAAGGGCUGAGAAGGCAGCAUGGAGAAUUGCAAAAGAAAGAGGUUUAAAGUUAGUCACCAUUUGUUCUGCCUUGGUGACGGCUCCUGACCUCUGUAAUAUGAGGAAUUCAACUGCAACAAUUGCUUAUCUCAAAGGAGCACAAGAGAUGUACGAGCAAGGGAUAUUAGCGACCGUAAGCAUGCGAAGAUUAGCGGAGGCCCAUGUGAAUGUGUACGAGGCAAUGGGAGAAAACGAGGCACAUGGAAGGUACAUUUGUUUUGAUCAAAUAAUCAAAACACAGGCUGAGGCCGAGGCUUUGGCAAGGGAAAUAUGUGUGCCUGUGAGCAAAAUUUGCGAAUCCCAAGAAGCAUCAACAAGCACUUCCAGUAAGUUUCAGUUAUCAAACAAAAGGCUUUUCAAUCUCACUUCUUCAAGAGCUCCUACUCGCUGUUAUUCUCUGACGCAUUUCCCUAUUUAAGAAAAAGGUAGCAGCACAAAGUUGAGUACAGUAGUGGUAAAAAGCUGAAUAAUUACUGCUACUUAUCUAUCUAUGGGGUAGAUGGUUAAUUAUUGUACGACAGGUAUGAAAUAAAUAUUUAAAAAUUUAAAGAAAAAAUUUAUGAUGGUUCCUA